AUAAGCAAGCCUGGUGGUACUCAGAGAGCACAAGCCUCAGCUAGGAAGACACGGCGCUGGAACCCAUGGACACUUCCUAUCCCCGUGAGGACCCCCGGGCUCUAUCCCGCAAGGCUGAUGAUGCUGCCCACACGGCCCUCUCCGUGGGAACACCGGGCCCUACGCCACGAGACCAUCUCCUGUGGUCAGUCUUCAGUACGGUCUACCUGAACCUGUGCUGCCUUGGUUUCCUGGCGCUGGUCCACUCGGUCAAGGCCCGAGACCAGAAGAUAGCUGGGGACCUGGAGGCUGCGAGGCACUAUGGCUCCAAAGCCAAAUGCUACAACAUCCUGGCGGCAAUGUGGACACUGGUACCCCCAUUGCUGCUCCUUGGGCUGGUGGUGACCGGAGCCUUGCACCUGUCCCGGCUGGCCAAAGACUCUGCGGCUUUCUUCACCACCAAGUUUGAUGACGAGGACUAUAACUGAGAGUUCAAGGUCACCGAACCCAGGUGCCCAACACCAGCUCCUGGGAGUUAGAGCCUACCACAGUACCCUGGUCCCUGCCCAACCAUGACCCUCUUGUCCACCAU